AUGGCGACUGGGAACAUGAGCCUGCCGCCAAAUUUGACGCAGCAGCAUAUUCAAGAGGUUUUUCAGAAGUACAAGCAGAUGCAAGAGCAAGGUGUCCGCCAUGAUGACCCCGAGUUCCUGAAAGCCCAGCACCUUCUCUCGGCCGUUCAGCGACAGCAGUUCUUCCAGAAGCAAAGACAAGUUGCACAACAGCAGCUUCAGGCACAACAGCGUCAACAAAUGAAUGGCACCGGUCCUGACUCUGCCGCCAUCAAUGGUGUGAAUGGUAAGCCCGCCGCUUUUAAGUCUUUCUCCGUGCACUGGCUAGAUUCCUUGUCUAACCGUGUCAUUGGCAACCCAGGUCGAACGAACUCAGUGUCUUCCGGUACUAGCGCCGUUCAGGAUGGCACUUCCACCCAAGCAGGUAGUCAGCAGCAAGCUCUAGGGCAGGCUGCCUCUCAGAAAGGAGCACCUGUUGCUAGUGGUAGUUUUUCGGCUGAGCAGCUGGCCACGCUUAGAAAUCAGAUUGUCGCUUUCAAGUGGCUGUCAAAGAAUCUCUCAAUCCCAGCUCGUGUUCAGGAACAACUGUUCGCAUCUAAGAAACAGCAAACCCCCGCGCCCUCAGAUAAUGUGACGGCAGCAGAGAGCGUCAUAGAAAGCGUAUCUCAAAACAAGACCGAACAGCUUGCUAGUACGACGGAAGCUCCCCCCCAAUCUAAAGAUUUCUAUGAAACUUUUCAAUCGCCCUAUGAUUCAGUUCCCAAAACCAUCAGCUUUUCCGACCACGCCUCUCGCGCAUAUCGUACGCGCAUCCCUGCCUUGAUGCCACCUGGUAUUGAUUUGGAACAGGUGCGCGAGGAAAGAGAGCUGGUUCUGUAUAAUAAGAUCAACGCCCGGAAAGCGGAAUUGGCUGAGCUGCCUGCUAAUAUAGGCGUAUGGGAUACAAGCCGGAGCGAUACCCCAACAGGUGAUGACUCGUUGAAGUUGAAGGCCCUCAUUGAAUACAAGAUGCUCAAUCUCCUUCCUAAGCAACGGAUGUUCCGAAAACAAAUACAGAACGAGAUGUUUCACUUCGAUAAUCUAGGAAUGACCGCAAACCGCUCUAAUCAUCGCCGUAUGAAGAAGCAGUCAUUGCGUGAGGCUAGAAUUACUGAGAAGUUAGAGAAACAACAGCGUGAUGCCCGUGAGACCAGAGAGAAGAGGAAGCAAUACGAUCAACUCCAAGCCAUCCUUAACCACGGCGCUGAGCUCCAGAAUGCUGCAAAUCAGCAGCGUACCCGUAUGCAGAAACUGGGUCGUAUGAUGCUUCAACACCACCAGCACAUGGAACGUGAGGAGCAGAAGCGUGUCGAGCGUACUGCUAAGCAACGUCUCCAGGCCCUUAAGGCUAACGAUGAGGAGACGUACUUGAAACUUUUGGGACAGGCCAAAGAUUCACGUAUCUCUCACCUGCUCAAACAGACUGACAACUUCCUUAAACAGCUUGCCGCUUCGGUUAGAGAGCAGCAACGUAGCCUGGCCGAACGAUACGGCGAGGAUGAUCAGUUCUACGAUGAAGAAGAAGAGGAGGAAGAAGACGUUGGGUCCGGAACUGACGACGAAACUGGCGGAAGACGCAAGAUUGAUUACUAUGCUGUCGCCCAUAGAAUUAAAGAAGCUGUCACCGAGCAGCCUACUAUCCUUGUUGGUGGCACACUCAAGGAAUAUCAGAUGAAGGGACUGCAAUGGAUGAUCUCACUUUAUAACAACAACCUCAAUGGUAUUCUGGCAGACGAGAUGGGUCUUGGAAAGACCAUUCAGACCAUUAGUUUGAUCACGUACAUCAUUGAAAAGAAGAAGAACAAUGGCCCGUUCCUUGUCAUUGUGCCUCUCAGUACUCUCACCAAUUGGAAUUUGGAAUUCGAGAAAUGGGCCCCGUCCGUCGCGAGAGUUGUCUAUAAGGGCCCCCCGAACGCGCGUAAGCAGCAGCAGCAGCAGAUUCGCUGGGGUAACUUCCAGGUUUUAUUGACUACCUACGAAUACAUUAUCAAGGAUCGACCAAUUUUGAGCAAGGUCAAGUGGAACCACAUGAUCGUCGAUGAGGGCCACCGCAUGAAAAACACGCAGUCAAAGCUGAGCAGCACUCUCUCACAGUACUACACCAGCCGGUAUCGUUUGAUUCUGACCGGUACUCCCUUGCAAAACAAUUUGCCAGAAUUGUGGGCACUUCUGAAUUUCGUUCUGCCAAACAUCUUCAAAUCUGUGAAAUCGUUCGAUGAGUGGUUUAAUACUCCAUUCGCCAACACUGGAGGCCAGGAUCGAAUGGAGUUGUCCGAAGAAGAACAGUUGCUGGUCAUCCGCCGCCUGCACAAGGUUCUUCGUCCCUUCUUGCUUAGACGUCUCAAGAAGGAUGUUGAGAAAGAUCUACCAGAUAAACAAGAAAGGGUCAUCAAGUGCCGUUUCUCUGCCUUGCAGGCCAAGCUCUACAAGCAGCUUGUCACGCAUAACAAGAUGGCUGUUAGCGAUGGAAAGGGAGGCAAGACUGGCAUGCGCGGUCUCAGCAACAUGUUGAUGCAGCUGAGGAAACUUUGCAACCAUCCUUUCGUCUUUGAGCCUGUAGAAGAUCAAAUGAACCCUGGGCGCGGGACCAAUGAUCUACUUUGGCGUACCUCAGGUAAAUUCGAACUACUGGACAGAAUCCUGCCCAAGUUUCGGGCCACUGGUCACCGCGUCUUGAUGUUCUUCCAGAUGACUCAGAUCAUGAACAUUAUGGAGGAUUUCUUGCGCCUUCGUGGAAUGAAGUAUCUCCGCCUUGACGGUUCCACUAAGUCUGACGACCGCUCCGAUCUCCUGAAACUAUUCAACGCAGAGAAUUCGGAGUACUUCUGCUUCCUGCUCUCCACACGUGCGGGUGGUCUCGGUCUUAACCUUCAGUCUGCAGACACUGUCAUCAUAUUCGAUUCAGACUGGAACCCCCACCAAGAUCUGCAAGCUCAAGAUCGUGCGCAUCGUAUUGGUCAAAAGAAUGAAGUUCGUAUCCUUCGUUUGAUUAGUUCCAAUUCCGUGGAAGAGAAGAUUCUUGAACGUGCACAGUUCAAGCUCGACAUGGAUGGCAAGGUCAUUCAGGCAGGAAAGUUCGACAACAAGUCUACUAAUGAAGAACGAGAAGCCUUACUGCGGACGCUCCUCGAAACUGCCGAGGCCGCUGAUCAGAUCAAUGAACAGGAGGAAAUGGAUGAUGAUGAUUUGAAUGAUAUCAUGGCACGAUCUGAUGACGAGCUGAUUGUAUUCCAGCGCCUCGACAAGGAGCGACCAACAAUAGAUCCUUACGGACCUGGUCACCCGCUUCCACGCUUGAUGGGAGAGGAUGAACUUCCAGACAUUUAUGUCUCUGAAGAGAACCCUGUUACGGAUGAGGUCGAGGUUGAGAUGGCUGGUCGUGGCGCACGUGAGCGCAAGGUUACUCGGUACGACGAUGGUCUCACUGAGGAGCAAUGGCUCAUGGCUGUGGAUGCCGACGAUGACACAAUUGAAGAUGCCAUCGCUAGAAAGGAGGCCAGAGUUGAGCGUCGUCGUGUCAACAAGGAACGACGUCAACGGAAGGUGGUUGGUGAUUCUUCGCCUGAACCGUCUCGUGAAAGCUCUGAAACACCACAGCCUAAGAAACGCGGUCGCAGAGGUCCUGCGCCGAAACGCAAGGCAGAAGAGCUUGUGGAAGAGACUCCUCAGCCGAAGCGUAAGAGGGGUAGACAGGCUAAGCCUGUGGAGACCUUGAACCCAGAGGAUCGUGCUACACUGCAACGCAUACUCAACAAUACAUAUCAAGCGUUGAUGGACAUGGAGCAAGAGUUACCAGCAGAUUCUUCCGAUAGCGAAGAUGGCCCAGUGACCCGGUCUAUAAUUGAGCCAUUCAUGAAGCCACCCCCGAAGUCGCAAUAUCCCGACUACUACAUGAUCAUCCAGAACCCGAUUGCUAUGGAAAUGAUUCGAAAGAAGAUUAACCGUGACGAAUACCAGAAUUUGAAGGACUUCAGGAAUGAUAUCCAUCUCCUUUGUCAAAAUGCUCGAACUUAUAAUGAAGAUGGCAGCAUCCUGUUCCAAGAUGCCAAUGAUAUCGAGGCAAAAUGCCUGAGUGAACUGAAGAGAGAGACCGAGGGCUACCCGCAAUUUGCCAACUAUGACGACCAGGGAGCGCCUGCUGGUCAUGAUCAGUCUCUCGCGGCAACCCCCAGCGUCGAAACUCCUAGCGCUGUCACAACCCCCGGCCAACCGAAGCUAAAGCUUACAUUCAACAGUGGUAACCGGGACAGUACAGGAGCCACCAACGGAACUCCACAGGCUGGAAUAACUGAGGAGUGA